UGACAUUCCUGUGCAGAGCGGAGAGGCGGUGAGCUCAGUUGCAGAGAGACAGAACUGCAAAUCCAACUCAGAACCUCAAUAGGCAGAAGAAGAAGAUAAAAAUUGUCCUUUGUCCUUUUUUCCAUCCAUCACAUCUCACUGUGAGCUUAAAACAGUCCCUUGCAGAACCUCCGUUGCAGUGAGCUUUUCCAAAUAGGGAAUUCCAAUUUCACGUCGGCUGGGAAGUCUUACGUUUUUAACAAGGUAGAAAAGCAUCCUCUCGUAUCCUCCUGUUCCUCUCCUCUCCAUCUCCCUCCCAGGAGGCGGGUUCCAAACUUUGGACUGCCAAACUCCAGAGUUUGGGAUUACUUUUGGAGAAGCAAAAAAAGGACAAGGGCAUCGUGUUGCAACAGCAUACAAAGAGAUCCUGGCUCCUGUAAAGAUGGCUGACGUGGUGCAGCCAGACCCCAACAGCCUGCAGAUACCCAGUGAUAAUUUAUCAGCACCUUCGUCACCUGCCACAGCUAGAAAUGACUGCAGCAUCACACCCCUCACACCCUCACCCUCGCCGAGGGUGGAGGUCAGACCCAGGAUGUCCUGUCCGUUCUCGGUUGUCGUGGCAAUAGACUUUGGGACGACCUCCAGUGGCUACGCGUUCAGCUUCACACAGGACUCAGAGGCCAUACACAUGAUGAAGCGUUGGGAGGGCGGCGACCCUGGAGUGGCCAAUCAGAAAAGCCCGACGUGUCUGCUGCUGACACCUGACUUGCGGUUCCACAGUUUUGGGUUUGCAGCACGGGACUUCUACCACGACCUGGACCCAGAGGAAUCCCGGCACUGGCUCUACUUUGAUAAAUUCAAGAUGAAGAUCCACAGCACAAGUGACCUCACCAUGGAGACGGAGCUGGAGGCGGUCAACGGUCGGAGGGUCAGGGCCAUCGAGGUGUUUGCUCACGCCCUGCACUUCUUCAGGGAACACGCUUUAAAGGAGGUGAAGGACCAGUCGUCGUCAGUGCUGGAGGGAGAGGAGAUCAGAUGGGUAAUCACCGUCCCCGCUGUGUGGCGACAACCUGCCAAACAGUUCAUGAGAGAGGCUGCAUACCUGGCUGGUCUAGUGUCUCCCGACUGCCCAGAGCAGCUCCUCAUCGCUCUGGAACCCGAAGCUGCGUCCAUUUACUGCCGUAAGCUUCGCCUGCACCAGGUGAUUGACCUGAGCUUACAGUCAAUCACAAAUGGCCUUGACAUGGAAGGUACCCGGCCCUUCGACUCCAGCUUCAGACAAG